AUGCAAAAUACACGAAUUUUUGUCACGAGCGACUCAGAGCAAGCAUCGUCAAGCAUAGUUCGUCAAUUUCCAAAUCAAACUUUAACAAUACCUGGUCCAAUCCUUCAUGUUGAUCGUCCAGCUAAUGGUAUUCAUCGUCUUCAUGGAUUUCUCAAAGUAGUUGCCGAUUUUUACGUGUUAGGAGAAUGCCACAUGAGUAUUUUGACAGCUAGUGGAUUUUCGGCAUUAGCCAAUCGACGACGGGCAGAACCAUACCAAAACUUAUUUAAAUAUGAUGACUCGAAUAGGCGAAUCGAACGCUGUCACGAUAUCUACCAAGAUCCACAGCCACCAAAAACCGUGAUCGUUGGAAAGUAUUGUAGAGUCGUUUUCAAUUGUUCUUCUCGUAAAAUGUGA